AUGACCUGUUUUAAGUGCAACAAGAAAGGACAUACCGCUAAUCAAUGUCCUGACAGUCCCCCGACAUGCUGGAAUUGCAAUAAGCCAGGUCAUACUGCCAGAGAUUGCAGGGCUCCUAAAGUCGAAGCUGCUGUGAAUGCUGGCAGAGCUCAACAGCCUACAGCUAGGGAAAGAGUCUAUACGACCGAUGGAGCUGAGACUGAGGCAGCUGAUGGCUUGAUCUGCAGUUCUUGUGAAAUUGCGGGUAAUUCUCUUAUCGUGCUUUUUGAUUCGGGUGCAACUCACUCGUUUAUUGACAUAGCUUGUGCAACGAAGUUAAAGCCAACAAUGUCGAAGUUACCAUUCGACCUAAUAGUAUCAAUCCAUGCUUCUAAGAGCCUUAUAACAAAUAUUGCAUGCUUGGAGUGCCCUUAG